AUGCAUAUCCACUUGGCUCUCGUAUCUGUCUGCCUUUUUGGCCUCAGUUCCGCUCAACAAAGCAUCGUAACAAAGUUGACUUUUCCAGGGUCAGUUGAUUCACAGAAAAUCGAGGCGUCAGUGGUUAAAGCGGAUUCUUCUGCCACGGUGUAUUGGCUCAAUUGCCCCAAAAGGCCCGAUUCCACUGAAUGCGUUUUGCCAGGUGUGAACCUCAAGCAAGGACGAAACGAAGUUGGACUGGACUACUCGGCGCCAGGUCACGAAGGAGGCAUGGUGAGCUUCCGCUUGGAGUGUCAACUCCAAACCUCCUUAAUCGACUGCGCGCGCCUCCAGUUGACUUCCGAUGACGGGAAAAGUUGGGCCACCCUGGUAUCAACAGAUAUCGUAAUCCCCACUACAUUCUUCGCUUCCCUAGACGUCACGAUUACGGCUGGUUUGGAGAAGUUGAAGGGCGCGGCGACAGCAACCCCAGUGCCCACUACCAGCGCGGAGAGCCCUACAGGAACUGGAGCUGGUAAAGCUGCUCCGACUGGGACUAGUGCGGCCGCAACCACGAGCGAGAGCGGUGGUAAGGCUGCUCCGAGCAGCAGCCGGGGACAUGCUGUUAUGCCUCUGGCCACGGCUGCGGCUAGCUGGGGGGUUAUCGGUGGUGCUGCUAUGGCUGUUGCUGUGCUUGCCAUGUAA